UUUUUUUUUUCAUAACCAUAAUGCCUUUCCCACAAGGCAUGGUUGUAGGAAAUAUUGUGGAGUGUGCUCACAGAUGAGAUGACACCAGAGCUCUGCUGUGUCUUGUUGACGGGAAGUACUUCAGGUGCCUUCUGAAGCUUUUCAUUUUAGGAACAGAAGGAAGCUCUCUGAUUUGUUGCAGAUAUGAGAUAUCGAGGUGAGAUUCUACUGUAUUUACAAACAACAGUUUGGCUUUUUUGUGGUUGCAAAUCUUCAUCUCUCUACUCUUUGUGGUUGACAGGUGGUUGGCACCUUGCUGCUGUAAUUGUUGUCGUCCUAAUAAUGUGGGGAAUCGCCCUCAAUUCAUUUGAUGUGCAGGAGAAAGCAAGAGAUAUUCUCGGAUUUCAUGACACAGAUCAAAUGAAACUAAGAUUCAAAACAGCUACAGCAUCACCUAAGCCAAAGUGCAGCCUCUCCAGAGUCUGUCCACCUGACCAUUUUGCUUUAUAUAUCAGGAGUGGAGCAGCAAAUGUUGUCGGGCCAAAGAUCUGUUUUGAUGGUAAAAUCAUCAUGAGUCAUGUGCUGAAUAAUGUGGGACCAGGGCUUAACAUUGUGGUGGUAAACGGUGAAAAUGGGGUUGUGGAAAAAUUUGGCUAUCUCAAUAUGAAAACUGGAAACCCACAAGAAAUCCUGACAUACCUGAAGGAGAUUAAACCUGGAAUGAUUGUUUUGGUGGCCUCCUUUGAUGACAUUACGACAAAAUUAACAAACGAAAUGAGGAAUUUAUUUGUUGGAAUGGGAAGCACUUUCAUUAAGUCCAUAAAACGCAAAGACAACUGGGUGUUUGCAGGAAGAGCAGGGACGCAAAACAGAAGCCUCUUCGAAAAGCAAGCUUUUAAUGAUGACAGAACCAACAUUUAUGAAGGAUGGCCUGAUAUGGUGGAGGUGAGCGGCUGUUUCCCGAGAACCAUAAGGCCGGACGGACAGAAACCUUAAAGGACUGCUGUGAUGAACUGCAAAAUUUUUAAGACUUACAUGUAAAAAUGGAAAAACUGUUGAGGCAAGUUUGUCAUUUGUGAUCCUGGAUUGUACAAAUAAAACUGACUGGACUUAUGUUGUUAACAGUGAUAGAAAAUUCAAAAUGAAUGUUCAAUGACUAGAAAGAAAAACAUUUCAAACAGUGACAGAGGUGAUUGAAUACUGUGCAUGUAUCUAUUACUGGUAAACGUCAAUGUGCCAACAUUAUUUAUUUUAUUUCAUUAAAUGUGUUCAUAUUUGUUCUGAUUCCUGGUAGGUGGAGGGUCAUUUAUUAUUUAAGUGUCAAUGUAGACCAGGUGCUCAGGUUUCCUGUGAUCUCUGCUCUCUUCUAAGCCUCAUUUCUCACCGUUUUAUUUUCUUUUUUGCAAAUCUGUGCUUUUUUUGGUGAAAUAAUUUGAUCUCUCUGGGACUUCAACCAUAUGAGAAGCAAUGAGGGGAAAUGUCUCUUUGGUUGAACUCCUAACUCUCUGAUAUCUCAAAUAUGGCAAUGGACACUAACUAGACAUGUUUUUUUGUUUGUUUGUAAAAUCUUAAAAUUAACUAGUAACUGUUAAAUAAAUGUUAUGGAGUAAAAACUACAA